CAAUAUUCAAGGGCGGCGACCAUCAAUCACCUUGGAGCAGGCAAACGGCCCAACCUGGAGGCGGCCUGGGAGGACACCACCCCCCGGGGCUGGGGUGGGGACACCCACGUGCAGCCACCACGUUUUCCUUGCGGGUCGGUGGGGGGAGGAGAGAGGGUUUGGGGUCAGCAGCCGUUCCCGGGACCAGUAUUGAGAACGCACAGGGAGAGGUGGUAGCGGAACCUUUCUCCUCCGCUUCGCUCUCGCUUCCCCCCGAACCCAGUUGGCGUCGGACCCAGGAGUGGAGGCUUAUAAACAUGGGGACGACCGGUGCGGGGCCUGGACCGCCGUCCGCUGGUCUCGACACUCCGGGAUCCACAGACGAUCGGCUUUUCCUGGUGAAAGGUGGAGUUUUCCUUGGUGCUGUGGCUGCAGCAGGAAUGCUAGCCGGGUUUGUUACAACAUUAUCAUUGGCUAAAAAGAAGAGCCCUGAAUGGUUCAAUAAGGGAAGGAUGGCCACAGCCACCUUACCAGAGAGCGGGUCUUGCCUUGCCUUGCGAGCCCUGGCUUGGGGCUCACUUUACGCGUGGUGUGGGGUUGGUGUGAUCAGCUUCGCAGUCUGGAAAGCUUUAGGAGUUCACAGUAUGAAAGACUUUCGAAUGAAACUGCAAUCAGUAUUUCCAGCAAUUCCCAAGAACUCCGAAUCUUCUCUUGAGUGGGAGGAAACGUUGAAAUCCAAAUGAAAUGAGCAUGGUGGGGAAAGUCUAAAACUGUCAUAGCAAGGGUAGCUUUGGAGAUGCCACAGAAGCAAAGGGACUCCCCUGAUUUGUCAUCAGCAACAUGUGCAUUGGUGACUGAACCCACAGGAUGGAUGGCGUUCAGUGUCCACACAGGAGGCCCACAGUCUGUGUGCUUUACUUUAACAUUGAUGUGAGCGUGUGUGUGUAUUAAGGUCUUCCCCAAAUUAGGAAGAUCCUUUCAAAAUAAUUAUAUGGAUAACUUUUUGGUGGAGAAAGAUCCCAAGGGAAAUACUUCUGUUAAUAACAGCUAAAACCAAGUUUUGUACCUCAAAAAAGAAUGUAUAAUAACAGACGAUGGAAAAUCUUUGUAGACAAACUCCUACCAGCACUAGUACCUCAAUGUGUCUAAUUAAAUGAGUUUCCACAAGCCUUUUUUGUUAGUAUGUGAUUGUCAGGACAUGGAAGGCUCACUCCUAUUAGGCCAACUCCACAGUGACAGGUGAACGGGGAAACCCUGUCUGUCAGGCCCCAGCGCAUGUGUCCUGUUGUCCUGAACACAGCCCUGGAUUUGCUCCUGCUCGUCAGUUAGCUGAUGAGCUCACCUCAAGGCCCUGGAAAUUCUCAGACAUAGAGAAGAAGAAACCAGUAACAGAUUAUGCUAACCUGAAAAGGUAGUCAUCUAAAAUAAUAAUGAUAUAGUGGAUAUAAAACAUACUUUUUUGAGAAGUUGGUUCUGUGUCCCCUAAACAUUGACUAAUAGUCUGUAGUUUUAUCUCAAUUGUUAAUGUAAAAAUAGGCCAGUUAUCACCUAUCUUAACAAAUAUUUUUAACCAGAAAGUUACCUAGGUAUUGAGUCUCAAUAUUAAGUAGUUAGUACUGCCGCCUCAAGGAUUCUUACACAUAGGCCCAGCCCUUUUCUGUCUUCCAUGAUAUCUUAGAGAAAACAGAGGAUAAUGCCUACAUGCAAUUAUUUUUACUAGAGAUGAAUAUUUUUUAAAGAAAGUAAUAUGUCAGUAUAUCCCAAAAAUAUGGUUGGAUAUCAGUAGUGCAAUUUCUUUAUAAUUACUUAGGCUCUAAUUAGCAAUCAGGUUUAAUAAAGUACAUUUGAAAUUUUUGUUAUAAUGAAACCUUUUAGUUCUAAGGAAAAUUUUUAAAUGAAAUGUCAAGUGCAUAAUGUAACAUUUUUCUCUGGACCGCAUUACCCUGUUAAAGUUGCUGUGUUGUUAAUUAAUUAAACAGGUGUAAGCAGCAUCUGGGAUUCAUAUGUAACCUGUUAAAAAUCCAGGACUAAAAGGAAAGAACUGUGGAAUUUAUCAGGGCAUUUGGAGCAGCUAAAACUCUUCACCCAGCUUUCAUUUUUAACUAAAUCUCUGCUAAGAAAAGAUUUCUAGCCUCUGAAUGGGAGGAAGGAAGGAAAGGCAAGAGCCAAACUGAACAGGUUGUGUCCAUAUUACCGGCCUGAGUCUAGGGGCACGGUGGGUAUGCUCCAUUCCCACAGGCCUAGGAUAUGGGAGGCCUGAGGAAUGAAUGUUCGGACACAUACUUCUGUGGCAUGCCUCUUGUUUACAAACCCUUCUCAUAUAUGUCUGUUGUCCUUGAGGAAUGGCAAGGUGGCCCCAAAGAAUGAUCGUGAAUCACCUGCAGAGGGAAGGUUGACGGGGAUAGACUCCCUAGAAUACACCAGGCAUAGGCUGCAGUUGCAUUUUAAAAGCAGAAAUGAAGUAACACAGAUGAAAGUUUAAAGGAAAACAAGCAAUAUGACUGAAGUGGUAUUUUUCUACAGUCAAACCUCAGAAGAUUUAGUCAUUUGUCUAUUCCUUUUAUACCAGAGGCAUAUUGUUAAAUUGGUUAAUGGAAAGGAAAAAUGUUUAACAGAUAAUGUUAUUCUUUAUGUGAAGUACCAUCUGUGUAUUGAGUUCUGAAUGUUCCUGGAUAUGGAAGAGAGGAAAUGUUAUGGAAUUUCAAGUUUGCCUUUUUGCUGUCUUUAUCUUGGGUAGAGUAUGACAAACAUAAUCACAUUUAUCUCCUGGAGCAUAAAGAGUUUUAAUCACCCUAUUAACCAGGAUGACAUUUUUCACAGACUUAAAAAGGAAUAGAACAGACAUUAUCUCCCCAUAAGCAAUCCAUUUCAUGGAGGCUGAGCACUAGAAAUUUUUUAAAGGAUGGAUAACACAAGCCAUUUCCAUUUCAUGCAUAAGCCAACAUUAAGGCGGCUUUCCAUAAGAAUGUUGCUUACGCUGGUUGAGUGUUAAGCUUUACGUUUAGAAUCUCAGCACCAAAAGAGCUAUUAGAGAAAGCAAUAUAGAGAAAAUACGAUGGGCAGGGAGGGGCAACUUCCUAGGCCUCGGGAUUCAUUCACGGGGAAAAAAAAAAAACCCAACAUGUAUUCCGGAAGUUACUGCUACCCCGUAAAAACGUAUCCAUGGGCUGCUCUUCAGAGUCAAGAAAAUAUGAUUUCUAAACAACCCCAGAAUGAAAAAUAGGGCACGGGAAGGGCCUCACAUGAUGCCAAGCUGCCCAUCUCCACAAGAAACCGGGAUUCUAAUGAUCCGGAGUUGGAGUGAGCCGCUGCAGAGCCCAGCAGCACUGAGGUGUGACCACAGGUGACCCUCGUUCUGUCGCACUGACACAGGCCGACGUCGGAAAAACCUUGCUUAGUGCUCAAAAGGUGGCACCUAAACACCUCCUCUGUCAUACAUUCUGCUUCGCUUCAUGGACAGUAUGGGACUCAACUUGCAAAUUAAUCAUGCAACCUAAGGGGAAAAUAUAAGAAAUUAAGAAGAAAAAAAGCCCAUGGGGACAGAAGUAAUUAAAAUCCACUGAAUUUAGCUAUUUCACUUGGGGCAAAAUUUAAUCUCUCCUAGGUUUGGUUCAUGGAGAAUGUUGUAUAUUGUCACCAAUUUUCAUGUAUCUUCUUUAAAAAUAAAGCAAAUAGUUAA